AUGUGGCCCUUGGCCCCGUCUAUCUACGCUGAAUGCUUUAUGCUGAACGCUACAGUGUAUCAACUUCACUUCUCUGGUUCUACUCUCACUCCCAUGGCCAUGUUCGCUCCUCUCGGCCUGUUCAAGGAAGUCCCCUGUCCCCAGGGCCCGGACUGUGGCCUGCUGACUUGCAUCUUUUCUCACAACACUCCCCGCUCUGCCUCAACUAGCCAGCCGGCUUCUCAAAAUGCACAUGUACCAUCCAACGACACAGAUAUGGAUUUGCCACGUCCGCCAGCUGCUAAGAGGAUUAAGCUGGAAACAGCAUCUAAGAGCCAACCAGAAAAGAUGAGACAGUCAUCUAUAAGGAAUACUGCUAACGGCCAUGAGAAGGCUCGACCAUCAACCGAAACAGGCACAAGUACAAGGACAAAGCAAGAUGCAGUGAAGCUCCAUUCUACAUCAAGGGCUGUAUCCCCCCCAGCUUCUCGUGUAGAGACAAAGGCCAAGCCCACAAAGCCCAAGGAGGGCAAUCUGGCCGGCCAUGAACGUCGGAGGAAUGCGCCCAAGGAGUCGUUAAAUCCGCGUAUGAUCCCGAAGGCGCCAGCCACGCAUGCAGUGCGUUCGUCUAUUCUGACGAAGCUCCAUGCGGCGAUGUCAGCUUUGAACUGCAAGGUGGCAAAUGACAAAAACGUGGAAAGGUACCUGGUCUUAUCUUCCAAUGAGCUUGUCACCAUGGCGCUAGAUGAGGAAGAGAAGGCAGCAAAAGAAAAUGCAAAUAUAUAUGCGAAUGUCAUCAAGCUUCGGAUUGUGAAACUCUCUAAAAUGAAGAAGGAGGAUUGGAUAGAAGAGGUCAAGGUUCAUUUGAAUUCAAGGUACUACAAAGAAAAGCCCGCCCAGGCGUCUCAGGAGAAUAAGCCAAAGCCGUUUACAACCAGUCUAAGCGUGGAAGAAGAAAUGGCGAUUGUGGAGAAACUCAUUACACCCCUGAAGGGACUUGAAGAUUUUGGUUAUGUGACCAGGGCGCCGUCAGAAGAGGAAAUCGAAAGCGCAAAGAAGGGUGUUGCUGAGUCGAGGGGUUGGGAAAAGUGCGAUCGAUGUGGCGGGCGCUUCCAGGUAUUCCCUGGUCGUCGUGAAGACGGAGCGUUAACCAGCGGAGGCCCAUGUACAUAUCAUCCGGGCAAAGCAGUUUACCCCCCCAGAAAGCCAACAGACCAUCUCACCGGUCCCAGGGACGCGAUCUAUCUUUGCUGCAAUGAGACGGUGGGGACUACGGCAGGCUGCACCAAAGCCGAAACACAUGUCUUCAAGGUGUCAGAAACGAAGCGACUUGCCUCCGUCCUUCAAUUCAAGGAGACCCCCGUGCAGUCGGACAAGGGCACGCGACAACCCGUGUGUUUCGAUUGUGAAAUGGGAUACACUACUCUGGGGCUGGAGAUGAUUCGGCUAACAGCCGUCAGCUGGCCAGAAGGCAAGGAACUACUCGACGUCCUGGUCAAACCGAUGGGCGAGGUUCUGGACCUCAACUCCCGUUACUCUGGUAUCUUCCCUGAGCACUAUGCGAAUGCCAUCCCGUAUGGUACUGGUGAUGCCAGUGGCACCACCACUGCUUCUGGAGACAGGGACAAGACAGGGGAUGACGACACAACCGUCCCCAAAAUCUUACAAGUUGUCGAGUCUCCUGCAGCGGCUCGGGAACUCCUAUUCUGCCUCCUCCAACCCGACACCCCGCUAAUUGGACAUGCUAUCGACAAUGACCUGAACGCCUGCCGGGUCAUCCACUCCACUAUCAUCGACACAGUCCUGCUCUACCCACACCCCAGAGGUCUACCGAAUCGCAUGGGCCUGAAAGCCCUAUCUCGCAAGUAUCUCGAUAGGGAAAUUCAGACUGGAGGGGCCCGUGGGCAUGAUUCGAAGGAGGAUUCCAUAGCCACGGGUGACUUGGUACGGGUCAAGGCCGCAGAGACUUGGAAAACUCUCAAGGCGAAAGGAUGGCUCAUUCGCGAUGGCAAAUUGGUACCUCCGCCGGGAUACCGGGGGGACGAGAGUGACUCCGCUGCGGCGAGAUCACUUGGGCCUGGGGCGGGGAGGAAGAGGAAGUAA